GAAUGAGCGCCGGGCCGGGCGGCGAGCGGGGCCGCGUCCAGCCGCUGCCACCGAGCGCUGCCCGGCGGGGCGGGCUGUCCGUGUGUCGGGCUGUCCGUGCGUCCGGCCGGUCCCGCCCCACCGCCAGCACAACAAACCCGCCCCGUCCCGCCCGCGCCGUGCGGCUGUUGCGCGGAGCCGCCCCCGGCCGCGGGGGCCGGGCCGGGCUGGCAGCGGGGCCGGGGCGGACAUGAGGACCGAGAUCUCCACGGCGGCCGCGUUCGUGACCCGCCUCCUGCGGGCCGCCGGCGGGGUUGGCGAGGAGCAGCUGCGGUGCUUCCGCGAGUGCCUGCAGGAGGCGAUGCGCGAGCACUACAAGCACCACUGGUUCCCCCUGGUGCCCUCCAAGGGCUCCGGCUACCGCUGCAUCAGGAUCAACCAUAAGAUGGACCCCUUGAUAGGAAAAGCGGCGGGGAUGAUCGGACUGAGCCACGAGAGGCUCUUCCAGCUCUUACCCAGCGAAUUAACGCUGUGGGUCGACCCCUUCGAAGUGUCCUAUCGCAUAGGUGAGGACGGGUCUAUCUGUGUGCUGUACGAAAGCCCCCAGCCUGGGGGGAAGGCGGCCAAACAGCUGGAGAGCAGGACCAGCUGCAAGGAGGAGUGGAGAAUUGGCAGAUCCAGCCCUUCCAAGAGUUACAACAUGAUGACGGUUUCUAGUUAAAAACGACUCUUCCCUGUACGCUGUUGUAUGUAUCCCAACCUCGUGGUAAAGUUAGAUGUAACCGAGCUUUUUUGGUUUUAGUUAUUUUUUUCACCCUAUAGUCAUUAAAGUCGUGGUAUACUGCCAAGUUCUUCGUAGCCAAGGGCUAAAUGUAUAAAGCAGUUCUUUAUGCUGCAUGUUCCUUUCUGGGUUGUGUCCUGUAAAUGCUCUGUACAGUCGGUGGAUUGUUUUACACAUUUAUAUUUUGGAAAAAGUUUUGCCUAUUUGUAAUAAAAAGCAGUAUUGUAGCACUCUUUAUGAUGGGUUUUAGUCAAAAUUGGUACUUGCUAAAAAAAAAAUAAAAUCUGCAGUUUGCAAUAACACAAAGGGGGAGUGGGAAACUAACAAACUGCACGUGAAUCUUUCCAGUGAUUUGUCUGCACAGACUUCUCUCAGGGUCAUUCAAGUUUGACUGUGAGGCACAAAUCACAGAAAUAACUCUUAAUUUUUCCUUUUUCAAAGCAUGCAUUUAUUUGAGGGCUGGGUUCCAUCACACCCCAAUAUUUUAGCAAAAAGAAGUGGGGAAUUAGUUGUCUUGUUAUCUCCAGUUAUGGGAGUAGGAAAAUAAAGACUUGCUUAAAAUGCU